AUGUUAUUUAUUAAAUCAAAUGUUAUGAGUGAUGAUAGAUUUAUUACAACAGACAACGCCACAUUAUCGAUAUUGGCGCAUGAACAAUCAUGUAUUUAUUGUCAAACAGCAGCAUGUCAUUGUCCCUCCACACAAUUUAUUUUGAAUUGUUCAUCGUUUGUAUUUAAUUUACCAUUGAUAGAGAAUUGUACAGAAGUGAUUAUAUGGAAAACCAUUGAUUUUUCAUUGCGUAAUCUUACAACAUUAGAUUUACAUAGUCUAUUAUCAUUACGUAUGGAACGUUUAUUAUUAAAAUCAAAUUCAAUAACAUAUAUAUAUGAUAAUAUUUUUGAUUCAUUGGGUGAUAUUCUCAUUGAAAUUGAUUUAGAAAUGAAUCAAUUAUCAAAUUUAUCAUCGAAAUGGUUAACUUCUAAAUUAACUCAUUUACAAAAAUUAAAUUUAGCAUUUAAUAGAUUUGAAUUCUUCGAUAAUAUGCACGACAUUCAAUUGUCUCAUCUACAAGAAUUAAAUUUAUCUCAUAAUCAAAUUAAUAGUUUUCCUAAUAAAAUCUAUCAAUGGAUUUCUUUAAUUAAAUUGGAUUUAUCAUUUAACAAACUGCUUAGUAUACCGAGAUUUGCUCUUGAUGGUCUUAAUAAUUUAAUAUGGUUAUCUUUAGCAUCGAAUAGCAAAUUAAAUUGUGUUGUUCAAGAUUCCUUCAAAUAUCUUAAAUCAUUGAAAUACCUUGAUUUAUCACAUACAAAUUUAUUGAAUCUUGAUGCAUGUAUAUUUAUUCAAUUAAUUGGUUUACAAUCAUUUUCAAUAGAACUUCAAUCAGUGAAUUGUACGUCUUGUUGGCUGUAUAUAGCUAAAAAAAAAUCACCACAAAUAUUCGGGCAUUGUCUCGAUGAGAAAAAAAUUCAACGAAUUGAUUCUCUUACUGAUGAACAAAUUAAAAAUGCUUGCUCACAAUCAUCUAUUGAUUGCACAAUCGAUUAUUGUGAUCCUGGUUCAAUGAAACAUCAUCAACAAAAAGUUGAUACACUAUUUCCAUUGGAUACAACUCCUCAUUUAACAAAAAAACGUACAAUUAAACUUAUAUUUGGUACUCUAUUUAGUAUAAUUACGCUGAGUAUCGCAAUUGCGUUUAUUAUUUUAAUAAUUCGACGGAAACAAAAUAAAAAAAUAUUGUGUUGUGAUCUUUCUCAAACAACAACAACAAUAACAGCAACAACAACAACAACAACAGCUGAAGAAACACGUCGUCGUCGCCAACAAAUAAUCGAUAAGAACCCAGGUGUCAUUGAAUCGGUCGUUACACAUGGUGCAAAUAUGAAUGUUCCAUCACAUCCAUAUGAGAACUAUGCCUAUUGCAAUGACGAAAAUUCGAAUAAUAAACGAAAACUCUAUAAUCCUAUGUUCGCUGACUCUCCAACGUCAGAUAUCCGACAACAACAACAAUCAAUAAUGGUAUCGAAUGACAGUACUUCUCAGAGUAGUCAAUUGUAUUCUGAAAAUCUGUGA